CUUCUGACCGAUCAAUUGAUCGCAUAGACAAGAAAAAAGUUAAAAAAGCUCAACGAAAUUCAAUUCAGUCUGAGUAUUUAGCCAGGAUAAACAGCAGGAUUAACACAUCGAGUGACAACAACUGGAGGUGGACAGAGGUGUUGUGUAGUGCAUAUUUAGAAGAAGAAAAACUAGAAAGAAAAAAAAUUGUGAAAAUGUUCAAGUUCGUGUGUUUAUUUGCCUUGGUGGCAACCAGCGCUGCCGCCAGCGCCAAUCAAGUCUCCGAGACAGAUAGCCUACUGACCAGCGCCCUGAAAAUGGUCAAGGAGUGUGGUGAUCGAUCGAUGAUUUUGUGUAUGAAGGAACGCGCGUUGCACUACUUCGACAACGAGAAUGGUGAUGUCAAAUUGACCGAAGGCAUUUCGCUAAUAAAAACCGAUGACAUCCCAGUUGGACGUUCAUUAAAUGAUGUAGACUUGCCGGCAGAGCCAGAAGCGCGUGAAAAUGAGGUCGAUGCUUUGUUGGUGGAGCGUGUAGCGCGAUUCUUUGGCACACACACACUGCAAUUCAAAGUGCCCAAAGAUUCCAUUCAGGAUAUGCAACGUGCGCUCGAAGAAUCGCGUGGCAAGAAAAAGGAGAAGAAGAAGUACCUGCUGCCACUGUUGAUGCUCUUCAAAUUGAAAAUGGCCGCUCUACUCCCGCUCGCCAUCGGUUUCUUGGCAUUGAUAUCCUUCAAGGCGCUCGUCAUCGGCAAGAUUGCAUUACUGCUCAGCGGUAUUAUUGGUCUAAAGAAAUUGCUCGAAUCGAAGAAGGAGAACUAUGAAGUCGUUGCACAUCCACACUACUCGCACGAGGAACACGGGUAUGGACGUUCGCUGCACGAGGCGCAAAAGUUGGCCUAUUCAGCGUAUCAGCAAUAGGAAAAGACGCGCAAAUCGGGGCAGAAGAAGAAUGUGGCUAAGCGGGAGUGCAAUAUGUAUAUCCUGAAAAAGAAAAAACAAAACAAAAUAACUUAAUUUAAUUUGCUAAUUUAUUUAUUUAUUUAAUUAAUUAAUUACAAUAAUUGAUUUAAAAUUUAAAGAAAUUUUUUUUUGUUGUUCAAAAAAAAAAAAAACAAAACAAACCAAGAAUGCCAUCAUUUUAUUCUAUUUUUACACAGGCAGAGCGGGAGAACAAAAAAUAAAAAAUAAAUAAAUUACGCAAAGAGCAAAAUUAUAAGCAGCACGAAAUAGUGCAAAACGCAGCUUACAAAGGUGAAAAGUUUUCGUUGCUACUGUGCGCACUUUUGGACACUUAAGAGAACACAAAUUGAAAUGACUAUGCAAACGGGCGCCAAGUAAAUUUAAUUACAACGUUAAGUUUUGGUUACUCGGUGCGCUGCGUAGUUAUCACACAAACACAAGCUUGCACAGACACAAACAUGCACAUUUUCUUGCGCACUUACCUUUCUGCGUUGCAUAAUU